CAUGAGGGUCACCAGAAUAAAUCCCCAUAAUCGAUCUUGAGAGAGAACUCGCAGUGAAAAUUACAAAGUCGAAAUCGACUUCUUGCUUCCCACGCAACGGUGGAAUCGAAAAUUGCGCGUUAAAGCCACCCAAAACGGUGCGUCGUCAACAUGACAGCGGGCUGAGCUAACCGAGGGUGAUAUACCCUGAAGCAUGCCCGUCGCUUCGAGAUGCUUAUUUCCUGGCUGUCUACCAUCAUCCACUAGGUGGAAGUCUAAACAAGAUCUCGCUCCAGCCAUAGCAAAAAGAUGCGCCCUCGUCUUUGAUUGCGGAAACCUAACGUUUUGUUGCUGGCUGCUCUGGACCAUUAUCUCACAUAUUGCACCUCUUACAUCCCCCCAUCUUGCGCAUCGCAGGCUAUCAACAUGGGUCUUAUCGAUGCGCACGAGGAACGAGUCGAAGCCGUUGCGCGAAGGGUGCGGUCUUUUCACGAGAGGGGCGUUCCAUUCAGGAUCUAUCACGGAGCCACGAACAGCACACGCAUUCUUAAAAAGGAUGCGAACGAAGUUGUCGAUACCAGCGCACUCAAUCAUGUUAUCUCAGUAGACAAGAACGGCUUGACUGCUAUCGUGGAGCCCAAUGUCGCCAUGGACGCUUUGGUCGAUAAUUUGCUCGCUCAAGGUUUUAUUCCAAAGGUUGUUCCGGAGUUUCCUGGCAUCACCGUGGGCGGAAGCUUUUCAGGUACGGCUGCCGAAAGCUCGUCCUUCCGUGAAGGAUAUUUCGACCGAACCGUCAAUUGGAUUGAAGUUGUGCUUGCCGACGGUACUGUAGUUUCAGCCUCGCCUACCCAAAACGCAGAUCUUUUCUACGGCGCGGCCGGUGCUCUCGGAACUCUUGGUGUGAUCACGUUGCUCGAAAUUCAACUACAGCGGACGACAAAGUACGUAAAAGUGACAUAUGUGCCAACAGGCUCGAUCACAGAAACGCUGUUGAAGCUUGAAGCGUCCGCCAAGAAAUCGACCAUCAUCUUUCUUGACGCCAUACAAUUCUCCAACAACUCUGGCAUUGUUGUCGCAGGCAGCUUAGAGGCGGACGGUACGCCUGCAGUGACAGAGGAACUACCUAUUGUGAAAUUCUCUAGACCUUGUGAUCCAUGGUUCUUCCUUCAUGCGCACUGCAAACUGGGCCACCAGCUGCCCUCAGACUGCCGAACCUGUGCCCUGUUGUCAGCCAACGAACGGGCUCAGCCAUCACCGCCGAUGAUCGAGCUUGUUCCCGUCAAGGAUUACCUGUUUCGCUAUGAUAGAGGUGCAUUUUGGAUGGGCUCCUACGGCUGGGAUGCAAUGCCUCUACCCUUCAAUCGGCUUGGCAGGCGAUUGCUCAACCCUUUAUUCAACACAAGGACAAUGUACAGCGUAAUGCACCACUCAGGGCAAUCCCAACGGUUCAUUGUUCAAGACCUGGCCAUGCCCGCUGAGAAUGCGGAAGAGUUUAUCAAGUUCGUGGCUAGCGAGCUGCGAAUAUGGCCGUUAUGGCUUUGUCCGAUCAAGGGCGGCUCAAGAGUUCCUUUUCACAGCGUCCGGGGAGAGUUCACCAACCGUAUGACUAUGAAUAUCGGUGUUUGGGGACUUCCUCACACGGCCACAGGUAAACCCCUGUACUACGGACGUCGCUCAUUUCCGGGUUUUAUUUUGCUAAACCGCACGAUUGAAGCCAAGGUACGAUCUCUUGGUGGUCUGAAGUGGCUGUAUGCCCAUAAUUACGCCACGGAAGAGGAAUUUUGGCAGAGCUACGACAAGCAGGCGUACGAUGAACUAAGGAGAAAGUGGAACGCAAACCAGCUGCCAACGCUUUGGGACAAAGUUGGCAAGGAGAAACACGAGUGGGUUCCAGUCAACGUUCUCAGAGGAUUAUGGAGGGGUUGGCUUGGGAAAGAUUACUUGUUGGCAAAAAGAUGAAAUUAAUGGGUACCUGUUGCGGACUUGGCUGGAUCUAGACUUCAAUCUCAGAUGUGCACGUUAUCGACGACAGAGUUGAUGCGAGUCAGCGAAAGUUAACAUCGCUGCAGUUUUGUGCAAGGCUGAGCAGGACGCCGAGCAUGAGCAUGGUGCAUCUGAUUUCUGCAAAGAUGGAUGCCCUCUCCGAGAUCACUUUCUCCAAAGAGUGCAAUCUGGUUUAUAAUCCAAUGAGCAGGGGUUACUCUGGAACGAGUCCUACUCAUCCAUUUGCGAUAGCCACUACGUACGAUCAGGUCUCAGUUUCACGUCUUUAGAGAGGAUUGCUCCACUAUGCACUUCCUCACAUGCGAGUUUCUGUUAUGCUAAUCCCGCUCACUAUCAUUCCGAGAACCUGAUUCUCUUCUCUCAACUUCGUAUCAAGAUAAGCCCCCAUUUUAUUCUGUCUGCACAAUGUUGUUUCCAGAGCCAGAUAAACGACUCACUAAAGUUCAAGCUCGUCGACAUAGCUAUUUGGUCAUGUAGUCCAUGCACAAAGUCCAUGAUAAGAACGAUCUGAGUUUGGAACUGUCUACCAUACCUUUGUAAUAGUCCUCCUCAUCGAGAUAUCAACUGAAUACGAGAACGUCAACGGGGCUUUCGCAUUGCGUCUAGGCGCAAAGACGUAGAAAAAUAAACGGCUAUACACAAUGCAGAAUAUCUUGACUAACAACCGAUAAUUGUGAAUACAUACUGGUCGCGAA